UUUGCACAUGUGAUGGCGGCGUACAUGUCGUUCAUUUAUUGAUCCGACGCCCAGUUUAUUCUCAAUAUGGCAAUGAAUAAAGUCAUUAAUACCGUUAAAUUUAUGUUAGGCGCCAGGUUUCCAAGCCAGAAUGCCACGCCACUGGGGACCUUAAUGCCCUGUCGAAACAUGUACACCGACUGGCGAAUGGCUCGAGACGCCAAGAGGAGAAGAACGGUCAAAGAGUACGCGCGUCUGAGGUUAAAUAUCAACUCCAUGAGAAAGAAUGACAUCCUGCCGAAAAGUUUGCAGGAAAUUGCGGACAAGGAGAUCGCGGCCCUGCCGUUGAACAGCUGCUACACGCGCUUCCACGGCCGCUGCGUGAUCACCUCUCGGGCGAGAGGCUUCGUGCGGCCCUGGCGGGUGUCGCGCAUAAUGUUCCGGCACCUGGCCGACUACAACUACCUGUCCGGGGUGCAGAGGGCCAUGUGGUAGACCCCCGCGAUAUACGCUACAGGCCGGACCUUGUCGAGAGAUUGUUAUAGUUGACGUGUACAAAUGCAUGGUUUCCAACGCGAGGUCUUCGCCGUUGUACGGCCCUUACAAUCCUUGCACCGCACUGCCUAAAAAGGUAUGCAGAUAAGUAUAUCUCACGUAGACGUGCCAGGAAUAAAGAAGUUUAGAAUGCCA